AUGAUAGGCUUCCAAGAAGACGAUAGGCUACGAAGACAGAUCCUGAAGAAGACGAACAAGGUCACCACCAGCAGCAACUUGAGUCAAAUCACGAAUGGAUCUUUCGAUCCGUUUUUCCACGACAGGACAAACAAUGGGGAAGGGGAACCAAGUAUGGUAAUAAAAACGACGGGAGCAAUCUCGAGUACGCGCAGGCCAUUCCCGACUUAGGUCAACGAACAAUGCGCACCUGAUCAGCGCGAGACACCAAACAUCCAGAGAGUGGAUAAUAAGAGGCAGAUAGAGUGCCAAUCCCGAGAUCCCACCCCCUCCAUUACCCCACCUUAACAACAAUGGUUCGACAAUUGCGCGUUUCGGAAAUAAUCACUUUGGUCACUCCCAAUGGAGGUGCUCCGAUGGGAAACAACCUUCAUCCGCAAAUUAAAAAUCGGAAUAUCAACGAUACGGUAGAUAAGGGUCAACCGUAAUUUGUAAUUUUGAAAGACGAAUUUCUUUGAUUUUUGAAAAAUAAUUAAAAUUUUUAAAAAUUCGAAAAAGCCAAAGAUUUUUUAAUACUGUCUUUUUGCCAUGCCUAUUCAAAAAAUAAGCAAAAUAAAAUUUUACCAAAACUUUUCUAAUUUUUUGCCCUUUUCCUACUCCGAACAACACGAUUUCAUCACAAUUACCUACUGCUUGCCUCGCGCCCGCUCCUCCGUCCAUGCUUCCCAUCACGCUACCGAAAAAGGACUGAUAACCAGUUGUCGCUGAUACAAAACACCGAUAGCCACUCGAAACGACAACUAAUCAACAGCGAGGUAAGCCGGUCGGGAAACGCCAUAAAAAUACCCGAAAUCUGUGAUUGACAUGAGUAAAACCGAAUAAAAGAGGGUCGAAUUGAUAGAGACGGUUUUUAAUCACGGACUGCGAGGCAGCUGAGUCAACAGGGGCCGCGCGCGGCAGCCGGGGACACCGGCUGAUGGGAACGAGGUGGAAAGGGAUGAACCAAAACACUGCAAACUUUGCUGAUAUUAAAAAGCCGCGCGCGGUUAUGUCGUCGCUAAUCCCGGUUGCCUCGAAAACAGCCGGCUGCCACGGUUUCGGGCGGUGGCAGCGAAUUUUGGGAGGUUGGAGCGGGUGGGACGGUAGACAAGAAGCAGCUGAUAGAACAGUGGCACGGAGUUCUACUUUUGAAUCAUGAAAAAAUGUCAUAAAAAAGCCAAAAUGAUAGUUUUGCCAGUAAAAGUAAGCCAAUGUUCCUUGCAAUAAAUAGCUUGAUUGCCAAAAGAGUCAAUGGCCGUAAAGUAAGAGACAUCUUAUACAGAACGUCCUUGCACUCUAUAACAACAUGUUCUGUAUCCACGGUUUCAAAAAACCGCGAGAAACCGAAAUUGCGCAAGAAAAAUUUGAAAAGGGAAAAAGGCCUGCCACACUUGCUCAUUUAAGCCUAUCACUCCUCCUUUUCUCCGUCUUUCUUCGCCAUCUUCAGGACACCAGAUGCGCCCUUUAUUCUUAGCCCCUUAUCAAAUGGUUUCGGUCUGGCAAGGAUUACUCAGUUCCCUCCAAUUUAUGCUGACAAGACUGAUCAAGAACGCUAUGAAAAGGCCGUCUUUAAACGAAAAGUAAUGAAACAGACAUCCAGAGGUUGCUAG